AUGACGGAAUUCGCAACUCACAUCAAGCCGUACCUAGGGUACCCAUGGAAUCGCAGCCCACCGCUCCUGGGUCCCACCCAAAAUUCGAUCAAUUCAUGCCCGUUGGUGCCCGCCCGCCAUAGCGCCUGUCACACAGACUGCAUGGUGACGAAUGACCCGGGAGCGGUCGGCGAGCAACGCAGCGAGACGAGACCGGCAACCGUACCGGAUACGAGACACGAUACCAUAGAUUGCCGUUCCGUGCCUUGCACAAGCGUUAGCAUCUGCGCGCAUCAUCACAAACCAUGCAUUUAACGGCCUCGAGCUUCCCAGCUCCCGCGUCAGCCUUGUUACCCCCCACAAUAUCAGAUGCAGCAACACCGCAAAUACCCACAGGCGGGGGUCUGCCGGACAAAGACCAUGAAGGGAACCUACAGAACUGGUCCUCCUUGAUUGGUAUCAUCACUGCGAUUGUCGGAAACGUCCUGAUAGCCCUCGCGCUCAAUGUUCAACGAUAUGCGCACAUACGCCUCCACCGCAAGAGGGCCGAGAUAAAAGCACGCGCUCGCCAAGCACUGAGGGACGCAAAAAGGAAGAGGCAGGAUCUUGCUAGCGCUGGCAGCUACGGAAGCUUGGAAAGCAGCAGCACCGAACACGGCAAGAGGGACCUUGACUUGGUCCGCCGUAACAUAGUUGAGGAAGAAGCGGAAGCUGGCAAUGGAGCCUCGGAUGAAACGGAACCAUUGCUUCAGCGAUUCCGCUCGACAGGGUCACAGGAUGAAGAUGGAUACGUUGCUACCACGUUUCCUGGCGGUGGAAAGAAGCAAGAUGACGUUUCGGCAAUCAGCUACCUCCGUUCACCAUACUGGUGGCUAGGUCAAAUUCUUAUCACGGUGGGCGAAAUGGGCAACUUUCUGGCCUACGGAUUCGCUCCGGCAUCCAUCGUGUCACCCCUUGGCGUCGUGGCUCUUAUAUCCAAUUGCGUCAUUGCGCCCAUAAUAUUCAAGGAGACCUUUCGGCAGCGCGAUUUCUGGGGCGUCGUUGUUGCCGUCGCAGGUGCUGUCACCGUUGUCUUCAGUGCCAACACGCAGGAGAACAAGCUCGCCCCUGACGAUGUUUGGCAUGCCAUAACAGCCUUGGAGUUUGAGAUCUACAUGGGCGUCUCGUGCUUUUUUAUCGCAUUUCUCAUGUGGGCAAGCCCAAGGUACGGGCACAGGUCCAUUUUGAUUGACCUGGGCCUUGUCGGUUUGUUUGGUGCCUACACCGCUCUAUCAACCAAGGGCGUUUCUUCAAUGCUGUCAUCCACUUUGCUGGGUGCUUUCAGAACACCCGUAACAUAUGUGCUGCUGUUCGUUUUGCUUGCCACCGCCGUCAUGCAGGUUCGCUAUGUGAACAAGGCACUUCAGCGAUUCGACUCGACGGAGGUUAUCCCUAUUCAGUUCGUCAUUUUUACGCUAUCUGUCAUCAUCGGCAGCGCUGUCCUGUACCGUGACUUUGAACACACCACGGCUGAGCAGGCCGUCACCUUUGUCGGCGGUUGCGUGCUAACCUUCUUCGGCGUGUUUCUCAUUACGAGUGGGAGGUCGCAUCACGAUGAAGAAGAGGACAACCUAUCCGACAUCGACGAGGUUGAGGAAACUAUUGGUCUUUACAAUCAGCAAGACCAGAGCGGUACUGGCGCGAAUACACCUGCGCCGACACCUGGCACUGAUGCAUCCGGCGCGACUGCGGGGCGUUCGCGACGCACAUCUCGGGUCAGCUUCAUGAGCCAAGCUGGGCAACCUGUUACGGUAGUCUUGGACAGCGGUAUUCCCCCGCUCCGUAAACCGCCAUCUAGGGUCCUGUUGGAUGAGAGCGAAGAUCCUGUUAUGUUGGGCAUCAAUGCAUGGGCAGACCCGUCCUCACAUCGUGGUCUCCAUGCCGCUAACUCUAACCUAAGGCUUACAUUGCCGGAGUCUGUCCCAGGCUUCUCUGAGCCGCUGGCGCGCGUGCAUUCUGAGCCGGUAUCAGCGAUCCACACACCCUUCAACGAGGUUGAGCCCCUGAUGCCUGCUACACCGUCCACGGGUCGUACUCUCGCCGCGCGACCGAUGACGUCGGGAAGGUCACAACAGCAUCAUUUCCUGGGACCCUUUUUCUCACCCUCACCGCUAUCUUCUACAGUCAGUGCUGUCGUUGCCGACACUAUGUUGUUUCGCAGUGGGGAAGGGCCGGUGUUGUCAAAAAGACUGGGUAUGCGCAGGAGUCGACCGAGUCUGCGGGCGAGUCUAUUUGUGCCUCAUGACGAGUCCAUAGCGGACGGCGGUGUCGCUGCUGCCGACGCCAUAACCUCUUGGGACGACGGAUCCAUCAAUAACGAUGCAUCUGGGUCUGACCUACCCUCGAGCAGCACACGGCCCUCUGUCGGGAUACGGGGCCGAGCCCGCAGUCUUAGUUACACCCUGGGCGAGCUGUUCGGGACCAGAAGUGACAGGAGACGGAAAACGACCCUGGACGGUGAUAAUGAAGACUUGGAGACUGGGGGUUACGACUCCAGCAAUACUGCCGCAUGA